CCGUCGUUCACUUCAAAGAGCCGGAUCGUUCGCGACCGACCCAUCACUACUGCGCAUCGGAAGCGUCAGUCCGAUACCUCAGCACCACAGUGCUGUGCUCUGUGUAAAUAAGGAAGUCCUCUGGAUUUUAUCCCACUUUUUUCUCUGCUUUGAUUUUCUCACACGCUGACUUUGUGCGAGUAGCGCGUGCUUUCAGUCGCAGAGGAAUCAGGAAAACACCAUCAGCCAUGUCCUCCGUCAGCAGCUCAAACACAGUUUUUGCCUUGGAGCUGUUCCGCACUCUGAGCCAAGCAAACCCUGCUGGGAACAUCUUUGUCUCUCCUCUGAGCAUCAGCUCAGCCCUGGCCAUGGUCUACCUGGGAGCCAAAGGAGACACCGCUGCUCAGAUGGCAAAGGUCCUCUCAUUCAGCUCAGGUGAAGGCGUCCAUGCAGACCUGCAGAAACUGAACGCUGACAUCAACUCACCAUCUGCAUCAUACAUCCUGAAACUAGCCAACCGUCUUUAUGGAGAAAACACUGCCCGCUUCCUCCCAACUUUCCUUGAAGCCACACAGAAGUACUACCAGGCAGACCUGAAGGCUGUGGACUUCAUCGGAGCUCCAGAGGCGUGCAGAGCAGAGAUCAACAGCUGGGUGGAGCAGCAGACAGAAAAUAAGAUAAAAGAGCUUCUGAAGCCAGGAACAGUCAGCUCAGAGACCAAACUGGCUCUGGUCAAUGCCAUCUACUUCAAGGGAAACUGGAAGAGUCCCUUUGAUAAGGCAGACACCAAAGAGAUGCCCUUCAAAGUCAAACAGAAUAAGACUGUACCAGUCCAGAUGAUGUACCAGAAGAAGAAGCUGCCCUACAACCACAUUCGUGACCACGGCCUGCAGAUCCUGCAGCUGUCGUAUGUGAAUAAGGAGCUCAGCAUGUUCAUUCUGCUGCCUGACGAGUCCUCAGACGGCUCAGACGCUCUGCUGAAGCUGGAGAAUGAGCUAACACAGGAGAGGCUGGACGAAUGGACCAACAACAUGGGCUUCAAGCCAGACGUUUUCCUUCACCUGCCAAAGUUCAAGCUGGAGGAAGACUAUGAGCUGAAGGAGCCUCUGAUUAAACUGGGCAUGAAGGACGUGUUCUGUGGAGGAAGAGCUGACCUGUCUGGCAUGAGCGGUGAAGAGAGACUCUUCCUGUCUACGGUGGCCCACAAGGCCUUUGUGGAGGUGAACGAGGAGGGCACAGAAGCUGCUGCAGCCACGGGCAUCGUCUUUGUACCACUUUGUUAUAUACCACCAGUACACUUCACAGCAGAUCACCCCUUCCUCUUCUUCAUCAGGCACAAUCAGACCAAGUCCAUCCUGUUCUUUGGCAGAUUCUCAUCUCCUCAGUAAACAGAAGCAGCAGAAGACGAUGAUUCAAAUAAAAUAUCUUUGAAACAAUAUAAAUGAAACCUUUAUGAAUAAUUGUGAUGUUUUGUUAAUUCAAGAAUUUCAUUUUUCGGGCUUGGUGCUCCAGCUAUUCAAUUAAUCAUUAAUAAAGUCUUUUAUAGAUUAUUUUAUAUGUGAUUAAAUUGUAAUUAAGUUUUGUUUUGUUUUUUAUUAAUGCUGCGAUGGGUGGCUGAACAAUAAACGUAGAACUUAAGGCCCUUUAAA